UCUCCUCACCAUCAGCCCAUGGACUGACUUGUUUGUUGUCGAGCAAGAUGGAGUUCCUUCUGGGAAACCCUUACAGUACCCCGGUGGGGCACUGCAUCGAGAGAGCCACUGAUGGCUCCUUGCAAAAUGAAGACUGGACCCUCAACAUGGAAAUAUGCGACAUCAUCAAUGAAACAGAGGAUGGGCCAAAAGAUGCCAUUAGAGCAGUGAAGAAGAGGCUGAAUGGCAACAGGAACUAUAGAGAGGUGAUGUUGACUUUAACGGUGCUGGAGACGUGUGUGAAGAACUGCGGCCAUCGUUUUCAUGCUCUAGUCACCAGCAGGGACUUUGUGGAUGGUGUGCUUGUUAAAAUCAUCUCUCCUAAAAACAACCCGCCGACAAUCGUUCAAGAUAAAGUACUCGCCCUGAUUCAGGCAUGGGCGGAUGCAUUCAGGAGCAGUCCAGACCUCACAGGGGUGGUUCAGGUCUAUGAGGAGCUAAAAAGGAAAGGCAUCGAGUUCCCCAUGUCAGAGCUGGAGACUCUGUCGCCUAUACACACACCUCUGCGGUCUGCAACUGCUCCAGAGGGGGACUCCACCUUACAGAAGUACAGCGCCCCCGCUCAGCCCACACCGCAAGCUGUCCCGCCAGCCUACAUUGAGCCACAGGUCCCCAACAUUCUCCCCUCUGGAUCCAUCAAUCCUACAUCUGACCAGAUUUGCCAGCUGCGCAGCGAGUUGGACAUCGUUCGUGGAAACACUAAGGUUAUGUCAGAGAUGUUGACCGAGAUGGUCCCAGGACAGGAGGAUGCUUCAGACUAUGAGUUACUACAGGAGCUGAACAGGACUUGCAGAGCCAUGCAGCACAGAAUAAUGGAGCUCAUCUCCUGUGUUUCCAACGAAUCUGUGACUGAGGAGCUACUGCACGUCAACGACGACCUCAACAACAUUUUCUUACGCUACGAAAGGUAUGAGAGGUUUAGGUCUGGGAGGUCUUCUGCUCAGAGUGUCAACAACGGGGUCCUCAGUGAGGCCACAGAUGACAACCUGAUUGACCUCGGCCCAGGCUCCCCAGCGGUGGUCAGCAACAUACCCAGCGCAGCCCCCACCAGCCUGCCUGCCACCAUCACUGCCCCUGCAGUAAGGCCCUCCUCGCCAGCCACCUUGGCCUCCCGCCUGGCUGGUCUCGAUAUGGGUGCAGACAGUGUGAGCAGUACCUUGAGCUCUCUGACCAGCUGUAAGCCUCCUCCUGCUCAGGACGACUUUGAUGUGUUCGCUCAAACCAGGACUGGAGCCAUGUCGGAACCACGCAAGAUUACCACAGCAGAAGACAGCCACGCCCCUGGCAGCCUUCCUCCCACUCUGGACGUCCUACAGCCGACUGCAGUCGGGGUUGUCGGCGGCCAGUCCUCUGUCAUGGAUGACAUAGAGGAGUGGCUGUGUACAGACGUGAUAGGAGAUGAUGGUGAGGAAGGCGAGGAAGGCGUGACAAGUGAAGAGUUCGACAAGUUCCUCGAGGAAAGAGCCAAAGCUGCAGAGGCGACGCCCAACCUGCCGUCGCCCCCCAGUGGUGACCCAGGCGCCAGGCAGGGAACCCCCAGCCGCAAGAAGGCAGAACAGCCAGAGGACGCUUUGUUUGCCAUGUAGACCUUCAACCUCUGACCCUCGACUGCCCCCCCCCCCCCCGACCAGCUGAGCAGCAUCACACGAGGACCGACCUGACGUUAAAACACAUCCACCUGAUACACACUUCGGUUACACUACACAGAUCCGUGCUGUCCUUGUACAAAAAAAAAAGGAAAUUAUUCCUGCUCUCGGUUAAUUUUGGAUCUCCCCCCCCCACAUGAUGUCAGAGGCAAUGACGCCGCCUGCUUAUUCCUGCAUCUUUAUGUGUGAAGAGUCUCCCCCCCGCCUGCUGGGGACUGCAGAGCUUCAUGUCGCGGCUAAUCCGGAUGAUGACAUGAAGAGUUUUCUAAAAAAAAGAAGGAAAAAAAAAGAGUCAUGGCCAUAAGUAGGAGACCCAUUUCCUUUCUAAGCCUUCACAGCAUGAAUUAAGACCAACCAACCUUGAUCAUUUUAGUUUUUAUGGAUUAAAAGACCCCCCCCCCCCCAACAGAAGCAUUACGGUUGUUUUCGCAGCAUUGCUCUUUAAAAGCAGAAGCACCGAGCCUCCAUUUACCGAUAUUGUUUUGGUGUUUGUAUCAGUACCUUUGCAAGUCCGUCUAAGUUGGAUUGUAAAUCUGUAAAUGACAAAUGUCAAGUUUAUUAGUUGUUUGUAUAUUUAAGCUACAAUAUGUAUGAAAGAGACGUGGAUUUAAUGUAGAUUUUUUGAAGGGUUUAUGUUCGCAGCUGCUCUGGCAAUAGGGAUGUGCCUCACUGGGCACCAAAAAAGGGAAUAGUAUAAUUUAAAAACUCUAAAUCAGAAAGAUGAAGAAGGGAUUCUAGUUUUGUGAUCAGUAAAGUUGCGCAAAAAACUGACAAAUAUGUUUUUUUCCUUUUAAAGCUUGUUGUAGAUUUCUCAUUUUACAAAUGUAACCCGAAGGUUCGACGACGCGUUGUCGGAAACAGAUUUAUUGAGAUUAUUUUGCUGAGAUUUUACGAGUGUGAAGCUGCUGUUGUUCACGUCUGCUGGACAGUUCCUGUCGAUGUAAACAUCCGUAUGCUGAAGAUGGAUACAAAGAUAUUUUUGUGCCGUUGAAUGUUUUAAAACAGGUUCCCAGUCUGAGUUGCUGGUACCUGAGGAGAUGAUGCUGUAUGUAAGGGACCAAACCUAUGGAUGUGGAAGGAAAUUUCUGGAUAACAAGCGUGUCCGGGCACUUUUACCCAGAAUCCACAGAUUUAUACGUGUAAGGGAUGUCAUGAGAAUUCAGUGUCACACUUCAAAAGCUGUUUGCACAUAUAUUUUUCGUUGUUUCAUCUCGCCAGCAUCUCAAAAGGCCUGACCUUUCAACGUGACAUUUGUUUUUUUUCAGAACUGAGCUCACCGCGGACGCAGCGCCCACAAACAAGACAUUUUACUCCUUUUGACAAUAGUAAAUGCGUCAUGUUACACAAUCGUAACGAGCUGAAAACAAGCAUGCACUCUGACGCCCGCGUUACCUUUCAACCUGCGCUGUGAAUCAGCACACGCUUCACCAGAUGUACGUAAUGAGAAAUACAUCAGCGGAGGUGUAGAAAUAUGUCCAGCACUGCUUAUUUUUCAGAUCAGUAUUUAAAAAUCGAUUCAUUGUGGAAAAGAAAACUGGGAAUGAUCUGAAAUGUCGAUGAGAAAUCGUCAUAAUAAUCUUUAAGUGUUUUUUCUCUUGGUUUUAUGGCGUCCUGAUUUCCGUUUUUAUACAUUGCUGCUGGCUAAUGUAUCUUUGUCAUGGUCAUUGGUUUUGUGGGUUUGUUGAUUGAGUCCACGCGGAAAACGUUAAACGCCGCGCGAGCAUAACACCGGUUCUUCUCAUUUUAUCUCAUGAAGGAUACAUGUUUUUAAAUCGACCACUAGCACACGACAAAGCUGACGUGCUCCACCUACUCACGACACUUUCGACGAAUCAUAAACAUUGCACAUUUUAAAUACAUUGCCCUUCUCGUGUUUUCUUCUUUUUAGUGUAAAACAUGUGGGUGUCAGCAGAAACGGUUUUAUCUCAAAUAUGCGUCGUCACUGUCCUGUUCGAAGAAGCGCCCUGGGUUGAUUUCAGUUUGAGCUCGGCCUGUGAUUUCUAACUGAAUCUCAGCGUAGCGGUAGCUUCGGCCUGAGCGUCAUCUGGGCCCUGAAUUACAGAGGAACAGUGUGUUUCUUUGUUUGUCACUGGAUAAUAGAAAGAGAUGCUCGAAAAGGGACGGCUGUGCUGUGUGACUGCAACUUUCCUCCGUUGCCUCAUCUGUCAUUUCUCUUUGUGUUGUUGGACUUAUGCAUGAACUCUAAUAAAACAUUAGCAGUGUGUGAUCCGCA